AUGAUACCAAGGAGGCCCACAGAAGGGAACAGAAAUCAUACUUCCUUUGUGAUGUUUGUUCUCCUUGGAAUCUCAGAUGAAAAAGACCUGCAACAUAUACUCUUUCUAAUAUUCCUAGCAAUCUACCUAGUGACCCUGACCUGGAACCUGGGUCUGAUCAUCCUCAUCAGGAUGGACUCCCAUCUGCACACACCAAUGUACUUUUUUCUCAGUGUCUUGUCAUCUAUAGACAUCUGCUUUACUUCUUCCAUCAGCCCAAGGAUGCUUUCAGACUUGUUCAAAGAUGAAAAAAACAUUUCCUUUGUUGCCUGUGCUACCCAGUAUUUUGUUGCAGCUUGGAUGGGUCAGGCUGAGUGCUGCCUGUUGGCUGCCAUGGCCUAUGACAGAUAUGUGGCUAUUGGUCAUCCACUGCAGUACUCAUCCAUCAUGGUGCCUGGACUCUACAGGAAGAUGGUUGCUGGAGUCCUUGGGACUGGUUUCCUUUGUAGCUUAGUUGAAAGUGUCAGUUGUUUUAACCUCUACUUCUGUGGGCCAAAUGUCAUUCAGCAUUUCUUCUGUAACAUCUCUGAGAUUAUUGUUUUGUCUUGCUCUAAUACCUUUAUUAGUCAAAUGAUUCUUUCUUUGACAUCUAUGUUUGUUGGAUUUGGUUCUUUGUUUAUUAUCCUGUCAUCUUAUAGUUUCAUUGGAGCUUCCAUCUUGAAAAUAUCCUCGGCUAAAGGGAGUGCCAAGGCCUUCAGUACCUGUGCCUCCCACCUGGCAGCUGUGACUGUCCUCUAUGGCACAGCUCUCCCUGUGUACAUGCAUCCUAGCUCCAGACACCCUGAGCAGCAGAACAAGGUGCUGUCAGUGUUCUAUAUUAUAGUCAUACCCAUGCUAAACCCUCUUAUCUACAGUCUGAGGAACAAGGAAAUCAAAGGAGCUCUCAAGAGGGUGAUAAGGACAACACAUUUACCUCAGUAG